AUGGCUAUAUUGCCCAAGAUGCCAAAAAGUGCCUGUAAACCCACGGGCUAUGGCCCCAACGCGCGCCGGCCCCACAACCGCGGCAUCGUGGACGAGUGCUGCUUCCAGAUCUGCGAGCUGCGGCGCCUGGAGAUGUACUGCGCGCCCGCCAAGACCAGCAAGGCGGCGCGCUCCGUGCGCGCCCAGCGCCACACCGACCUGCCGCGAGGGGCCAAGGUAGCAGCGAAGGACCGCCGGACCGCGCAGCAGCCGGACAAGGCCAAGCACAAGAGACCUUUAUCUGGGCAUAAUCCUUCAUCCUGCAAGGAGGUGCAUCAGAAGAACUCAAGCCGGGGGAACUCUGGAGGCAGAAAUUACCGCAUGUAGAGAAGAAGAAGAACCAGAAGAAGAAGGAGAAGGAGAGGAGGAGACGAGCCGGCGGACACGGAGGGAUAAUGCCAGUGGAGCAGAGUGGGAGAGAAGGGAGUUGUCUUACGCGACCCCCAACGUGCAGCGCCUGUCGCCUGUCA